AUGGCUAAGGAAGCAUCUAAUGGACAGAACCAUGUAAGCACAAAGCCACCUCCAGAGCCAUCACCAUUGCGAAAAGCAAAAUUUUUUCAGGCAAACAUGAGAAUCCUUGUUACUGGUGGCGCUGGAUUCAUUGGCUCUCACUUAGUUGAUAAACUGAUGCAAAAUGAGAAGAAUGAGGUGAUUGUUGUUGAUAACUAUUUUACGGGCUCAAAAGACAAUUUGUCUCAGUGGAUUGGUCACCCAAGAUUUGAGCUCAUUCGUCAUGAUGUCACAGAGCCAUUGUUGAUUGAAGUUGAUCAGAUAUACCAUCUUGCAUGUCCUGCUUCCCCAAUUUUUUACAAAUAUAACCCUGUGAAGACAAUAAAGACAAAUGUGAUUGGUACUCUCAACAUGUUGGGCCUUGCCAAGAGAGUAGGAGCGAGAAUUUUGCUGACAUCAACAUCUGAGGUUUAUGGAGAUCCACUUGUGCAUCCUCAGGAUGAAACCUAUUGGGGCAAUGUCAACCCUAUAGGAGUUAGGAGUUGUUAUGAUGAGGGAAAAAGAGUUGCUGAAACUUUGAUGUUUGAUUAUCAUAGGCAGCACGGAAUUGAAAUACGUAUUGCAAGGAUCUUCAACACUUAUGGACCCCGCAUGAAUAUUGAUGAUGGUCGAGUUGUCAGCAAUUUUAUAGCUCAAGCAAUUCGUGAUGAGCCUUUGACAGUCCAGUUGCCUGGAACACAAACAAGAAGCUUUUGUUACGUCUCUGACAUGGUUGAUGGUCUAAUUCGACUAAUGGAAGGAGAAAAUACUGGGCCAAUCAACAUUGGAAAUCCAGGUGAAUUUACAAUGCUUGAGCUUGCUGAGACUGUGAAGGAGAUGAUCAAUCCAGAAGUGAAAAUCAUUACUGUGGAGAAUACUCCAGACGAUCCGCGCCAGAGAAAGCCAGAUAUUACCAAGGCAAAGGAGUUGCUUGGCUGGGAACCAAAGGUCAAGUUGCGUGAUGGCCUUCCUCUCAUGGAGGAUGAUUUCCGCAAGAGGAUUGGGAUCCUGAGGAAGUGA